CAGCCUAAGUCAAUUUUCACUUGGUAAACCAAUAUUUUUGCUAAGCUUUUGUCAAACGUAGUACGUAACCUAACUUCAAUCUCUCUCCUCUUUUUUCCCCUGAAGUUCUGAAAUCAUGUCAAUUUGCAAGCUCAAAGUUAUCCUCUUUUUCUGGGUUUGUUUGGCUGUUCCUUCAAUUCUUGCCAAGCCCGUUAAAUACUGCGAUAAGAAAGCUAACUAUGCUGUCAAGGUCGAAGGAAUUGAAAUGCACCCUGAUCCAGUGGUACCUGGCAAAGAAGCCAUCUUCAGCAUCUCUGCUUCCAGUGUGGGAGCUCUUCCUGGAGGGAAGGUGAUGAUCGACGUUGCAUACUUUGGGCUACAUGUGCACAGUGAGACUAUUGAUCUCUGCAGAGAAACAUCCUGUCCAGUAUCAGCAGGCGACUUUGUACUCUCUCACAAACAAACUUUGCCCAUCUUCACUCCCCCAGGCUCAUACACUCUCAAGAUGAGGAUGCAGGACAGCAACAAUCAUUUGCUUACCUGCAUCACUUUUGGUUUCACCAUUGGCUUUGGAACAUCUGUGUCCGAAAGCUGAAGGCUUCUUUAAAAUUAUGUUUCCUACCUUUUCCAGUGGAUUUCUGUAUGGUACGACGUAUGAGUUUGUGACUCUUAUAUGACUCUAGAGAAUAAUGAACUUCUGAUGAAGCUAUUAGCUUUGUGUAUCACAUUUCAUCUUGUAUAGAGCUUGUACAUUUUUCUGCAAUCUAGAAGCAAUGCACCUCCCAUACUUCCGUCA